UAAAGAGAAUCUAGGAUCGAACUUUUACUCGGAUAAUUGGACCUUUAAUAUUCUAAUUCAAGGCCUUUGCAAAGCUGGGCAGGUGGAUCAAGCUCGAGUUUUUUUUACGAUAUGAGGGGUUUUGAUUGUUCUCCUGAUAUCCUUACCUAUAAUACCAUUAUCGGUGGGUUAUGUAGGGCAAACGAGGUAGGGAGAGGUCACCCGAUGUUUGUGCACCCGAUGUUGUGACGUAUACAUCAGUCAUAUCUGGUUAUUGCAAGUUGGGUAAGAUGGGGGAGGUUUCUGCUCUUUUUAAUGAGAUGAUUAGUUCAGGAACUAUGCCUACUGCCGUUACUUUUAAUGUUUUGAUUAAUGGCUUUGGCAAGGUUGGAGAUAUGCUUUCUGCUAAGUCCAUGUACGAGAAGAUGCCUUCUUUUGGCUGCGUUGCUGAUGUUGUGACCUUCACUUCCUUGAUUGAUGGUUACUGUCGCAAUGGAGACGUGUACCAGAGUUUGCAGCUUUGGAAUGCAAUGAAAGCGAGAAAUAUACCUCCAAAUGUCUACACUUUUGCCAUUACCAUCAAUGCACUAUGCAAGAAAAAUAGACUACAGAACACGAGGCUCGUGAACUUUUGAGGGAGUUGAAAUGUACAAAUAUUGCUCCGAAACCGU